GUACCGUACAUUCAUACAUUAAGAACGGAAAUUCACAUUUCACAGGCAGAACUAAACUGAGAUUCAGCCAUGGCGGUGGACAGCAUUAUUGGUGCGGAUAUCUACAGUCUGCCGGAGGAUUGCAUAGCCGCCGCGCUGUCGCUGACGACCCCUAGGGAUGCCUGCCGUCUUAUGCUGGUAGCAUCAAACUUCCGUUCCGCGGCACAAUUCGACGCCGUCUGGGAGCGGUUUUUGCCGCUUGAUCACCGCGAUCUUGUUUCCCGUGCCGUCAACAGCGCCGAUUUGCUCGCUCUCGCCUCCAAGAAGGACCUCUACUUCUACCUCUGCGACCAUCACAUCAUUAUCGAUGACGGCACCAAGAGUUUUUCACUGGAGAAAGGGAGUGGGAAGAAAUGCUACAUGUUAGGUGCAAAGUCACUGCAAAUUGUUUGGGGCAACGAUCCCCGAUAUUGGAAAUGGAUUCAUGCUUCGGAAUCAAGCUUCUCUGAUGCUGUGGAGCUACUUGAUGUAUGUUGGUUCGAGAUUCACGGCAAGAUCAAUACAAAGAUGCUGUCUCCAGACACCAACUACGCAGCUUACCUUGUGUUCACAGCGAGACCAGGCAUCACCGGUUUUGAAUCCCAACCGGUCGAGGUUUCAGUUAGGAUCGGUGAGCGGGAGGCUACCACCCGGACUGUUUAUCUGGAUCCCUAUCUGGAUCCCAAAGGAAGGAUGUUACCCCGGAGGAGGGCAUUGCGAAUAGGGCCAUUCCUUAACCGGACACUACAGAACGCGAAUGCAGCAGCUCCAGAGAACAAUGGUGAAUGUCCAAAGAAGAGAGAUGAUGCAUGGAUGGAAGUUGAACUAGGAGAAAUUUUCGUCAGAGAUGGUGAAGAAGAAGAUGAGUGCAUAGACAUUAGUUUGAAGGAAGUGAAGGGAGGGCAUUGGAAGAGUGGUAUCAUUGUGUUAGGGAUUGAGAUCAGACCAAAAUGGUCCAAAUGAUCACUCACUAGCAACUCAGAUCAGAAUUUGUUUGUAUAUGAAGAGAAUUAAUAUUUGAUGCACUGGUUGCAUUGUAUCAAAUCUUAAUUCUUUCUCGAACAUAGAAAAAUCCAUUUUGAAAAACUUGUCCAAUGGGAAAAUCUAUAGCUAUUCAUAGCUUCAUUGCCUUCUGUA